UAUAAUGGUAAAUACUUACAUACUCUAUAUAGACAUUACCCCGGGACCUCUAUAUAAUGGUAAAUACUAACAUACUCUAUAUAGACAUUGCCCCGGGACCUCUAUAUAAUGGUAAAUACUAACAUACUUUAUAUAGACAUCGCCCCGGGACCUCUAUAUAAUGGUAAAUACUAACAUACUCUAUAUAGACAUUGACCCGGGACCUCUAUAUAAUGGUAAAUACUAACAGAAGUUAUAUAGACAUUACCCCGGGACCGCUAUAUAAUGGUAAAUACUAACAUAAUCUAUAUAGACAUUGCCCCGGGACCGCUAUAUAAUGGUAAAUACUAACAUACUCUAUAUAGACAUUGCCCCGGAACCUCUAUAUAAUGGUAAAUACUAACAUACUCUAUAUAGACAUUACCCCGGGACCUCUAUAUAAUGGUAAAUACUAACAGAAGUUAUAUAGACAUUUACCCGGGAUCUCCGAACUUUUAAACGGACACGAACAACAUGUAACCGACUGUCAGACCAAAUCAACUACCAAAACAUGUUAAACAUAUUUAUCCGGAAAAUAUUACUAUUAUAUAUACAUAAAACACACAAUAUGACUGUAGAUACAUGCUGAUAAUCGACACCUGUUAAGUGGGCGUGUUUAUUUUAUUCAAAAACUUGGCACGUCAUGUUGACUCUGGCAAUACAAAAUAUAACGUAUCAAUGAUCUGUAUCGACACACUGUUCUUAUCAUGACGUACAUUGUUCUCAGUAGUGUAUUAUGUAAAUCAAGUAAAUCAGUAGACUCCAAUAAUAUUAGUGAUCUGCCUAGUUCUAACGUGUCUACUGUCUCCACUAGUUCUAACGUGUCUACUGUCUCCACUAGUUCUAACGUGUCUUCUGUAUCUACUAGUUCUAACGUGUCUUCUGUCUCCACUAGAUCUAACGUGUCCACUGUCUCCACUAGUUCUAACGUGUCUACUGUCUCCACUAGUUCUAACGUGUCUUCUGUAUCUACUAGUUCUAACGUGUCUUCUGUCUCUACUAGUUUUAACGUGUCUUCUGUCUCCACUAGAUCUAACGUGUCUUCUGUCUCUACUAGUUCUAACGUGUCUUUUGUCUCCACUAGUUCUAACGUGUCUUUUGUCUCCACUAGUUCUAACGUGUCUUCUGUAUCUAUUAGUUCUGACGUGUCUUCUGUCUCCACUAGUUCUAACGUGUCUUUUGUCUCCACUAGUUCUAACGUGUCUUCUGUAUCUAUUAGUUCUGACGUGUCUUCUGUCUCUACUAGUUCUAACGUGUCUUCUGUCUCCACUAGAUCUAACGUGUCUUCUGUCUCUACUAGUUCUAACGUGUCUUUUGUCUCCACUAGUUCUAACGUGUCUUUUGUCUCCACUAGUUCUAACGUGUCUUCUGUAUCUAUUAGUUCUGACGUGUCUUCUGUCUCCACUAGUUCUAACGUGUCUUCUGUCUCCACUAGUUCUAACGUGUCUUCUGUAUCUAUUAGUUCUGACGUGUCUUCUGUCUCUACUAGUUCUGACGUGUCUACUGUCUCUACUAGUUCUUACGUGUCUUCUGUCUCCACUAGAUCUAACGUGUCUUCUGUCUCUACUAGUUCUAACGUGUCUUUUGUCUCCACUAGUUCUAACGUGUCUUCUGUAUCUAUUAGUUCUGACGUGUCUUCUGUCUCUACUAGAUCUAACGUGUCUUCUGUCUCUACUAGAUCUAACGUGUCUUCUGUCUCUACUAGAUCUAACGUGUCUUCUGUCUCCACUAGUUCUGACGUGUCUUCUGUAUCUACUAGUUCUUACGUGUCUUCUGUCUCCACUAGAUCUAACGUGUCUACUGUCUCUACUAGUUCUGACGUGUCUACUGUCUCUACUAGUUCUAACGUGUCUUCUGUCUCCACUAGAUCUAACGUGUCUUCUGUCUCUACUAGUUCUGACGUGUCUUCUGUAUCUAUUAGUUCUUACGUGUCUUCUGUCUCCAAUAGUUCUAACGUGUCUUCUGUCUCUACUAGUUCUAACGUGUCUUCUGUCUCCACUAGAUCUAACAUGUCUUCUGUCUCCACUAGUUCUAACGUGUCUUCUGUCUCUACUAGUUCUGACGUGUCUUCUGUCUCCACUAGUUCUAACGUGUCUUCUGUCUCCACUAGUUCUAACGUGUUUACUGUCUCUACUAGUUCUGACGUGUCUUCUGUCUCCACUAGAUCUAACGUGUCUUAUCUCUCUACUAGUUCUGACGUGUCUUCUGUCUCCACUAGUUCUAACGUGUCUUCUGUAUCUACUAGUUCUAACGUGUCUUCUGUCUCUACUAGUUUUAACGUGUCUUCUGUCUCCACUAGAUCUAACGUGUCUUCUGUCUCUACUAGUUCUAACGUGUCUUUUGUCUCCACUAGUUCUAACGUGUCUUUUGUCUCCACUAGUUCUAACGUGUCUUCUGUAUCUAUUAGUUCUGACGUGUCUUCUGUCUCCACUAGUUCUAACGUGUCUUUUGUCUCCACUAGUUCUAACGUGUCUUCUGUAUCUAUUAGUUCUGACGUGUCUUCUGUCUCUACUAGUUCUAACGUGUCUUCUGUCUCCACUAGAUCUAACGUGUCUUCUGUCUCUACUAGUUCUAACGUGUCUUUUGUCUCCACUAGUUCUAACGUGUCUUUUGUCUCCACUAGUUCUAACGUGUCUUCUGUAUCUAUUAGUUCUGACGUGUCUUCUGUCUCCACUAGUUCUAACGUGUCUUCUGUCUCCACUAGUUCUAACGUGUCUUCUGUAUCUAUUAGUUCUGACGUGUCUUCUGUCUCUACUAGUUCUGACGUGUCUACUGUCUCUACUAGUUCUUACGUGUCUUCUGUCUCCACUAGAUCUAACGUGUCUUCUGUCUCUACUAGUUCUAACGUGUCUUCUGUCUCCACUAGAUCUAACAUGUCUUCUGUCUCCACUAGUUCUAACGUGUCUUCUGUCUCUACUAGUUCUGACGUGUCUACUGUCUCCACUAGUUCUAACGUGUCUUCUGUCUCCACUAGUUCUAACGUGUUUACUGUCUCUACUAGUUCUGACGUGUCUUCUGUCUCCACUAGAUCUAACGUGUCUUAUCUCUCUACUAGUUCUGACGUGUCUUCUGUCUCCACUAGUUCUAACGUGUCUUCUGUAUCUACUAGUUCUAACGUGUCUUCUGUCUCCACUAGAUCUAACGUGUCCACUGUCUCCACUAGUUCUAACGUGUCUACUGUCUCCACUAGUUCUAACGUGUCUUCUGUAUCUACUAGUUCUAACGUGUCUUCUGUCUCUACUAGUUUUAACGUGUCUUCUGUCUCCACUAGAUCUAACGUGUCUUCUGUCUCUACUAGUUCUAACGUGUCUUUUGUCUCCACUAGUUCUAACGUGUCUUUUGUCUCCACUAGUUCUAACGUGUCUUCUGUAUCUAUUAGUUCUGACGUGUCUUCUGUCUCCACUAGUUCUAACGUGUCUUUUGUCUCCACUAGUUCUAACGUGUCUUCUGUAUCUAUUAGUUCUGACGUGUCUUCUGUCUCUACUAGUUCUAACGUGUCUUCUGUCUCCACUAGAUCUAACGUGUCUUCUGUCUCUACUAGUUCUAACGUGUCUUUUGUCUCCACUAGUUCUAACGUGUCUUUUGUCUCCACUAGUUCUAACGUGUCUUCUGUAUCUAUUAGUUCUGACGUGUCUUCUGUCUCCACUAGUUCUAACGUGUCUUUUGUCUCCACUAGUUCUAACGUGUCUUCUGUAUCUAUUAGUUCUGACGUGUCUUCUGUCUCUACUAGUUCUGACGUGUCUACUGUCUCUACUAGUUCUUACGUGUCUUCUGUCUCCACUAGAUCUAACGUGUCUUCUGUCUCUACUAGUUCUAACGUGUCUUUUGUCUCCACUAGUUCUAACGUGUCUUCUGUAUCUAUUAGUUCUGACGUGUCUUCUGUCUCUACUAGAUCUAACGUGUCUUCUGUCUCUACUAGAUCUAACGUGUCUUCUGUCUCUACUAGAUCUAACGUGUCUUCUGUCUCCACUAGUUCUGACGUGUCUUCUGUAUCUACUAGUUCUUACGUGUCUUCUGUCUCCACUAGAUCUAACGUGUCUACUGUCUCUACUAGUUCUGACGUGUCUACUGUCUCUACUAGUUCUAACGUGUCUUCUGUCUCCACUAGAUCUAACGUGUCUUCUGUCUCUACUAGUUCUGACGUGUCUUCUGUAUCUAUUAGUUCUUACGUGUCUUCUGUCUCCAAUAGUUCUAACGUGUCUUCUGUCUCUACUAGUUCUAACGUGUCUUCUGUCUCCACUAGAUCUAACAUGUCUUCUGUCUCCACUAGUUCUAACGUGUCUUCUGUCUCUACUAGUUCUGACGUGUCUACUGUCUCCACUAGUUCUAACGUGUCUUCUGUCUCCACUAGUUCUAACGUGUUUACUGUCUCUACUAGUUCUGACGUGUCUUCUGUCUCCACUAGAUCUAACGUGUCUUAUCUCUCUACUAGUUCUGACGUGUCUUCUGUCUCCACUAGUUCUAACGUGUCUUCUGUCUCUACUAGUUCUAACGUGUCUUCUGUCUCUACUAGUUCUGACGUGUCUUCUGUCUCCACUAUUUCUAACGUGUCUUUUGUCUCCACUAGUUCUAACGUGUCUGCUGUCUCUACUAGUUCUGACGUGUCUACUGUCUCCACUAGUUCUAACGUGUCUUCUGUCUCCACUAGUUCUAACGUGUUUACUGUCUCUACUAGUUCUGACGUGUCUUCUGUCUCCACUAGAUCUAACGUGUCUUAUCUCUCUACUAGUUCUGACGUGUCUUCUGUCUCCACUAGUUCUAACAUGUCUUCUGUCUCCACUAGUUCUAACGUGUUUACUGUCUCUACUAGUUCUGACGUGUCUUCUGUAUCUACUAGUUCUGACGUGUCUACUGUCUCCACUAGUUCUGAAGGUGUCUUCUGUCUCCACUAGUUCUAACGUGUCUUCUGUCUCCACUAGUUCCAGCGUGUCUUCUAUCUCCACUAGAUCUAACAUGUGUUCUGUCUCCACUAGUUCUAACGUGUCUUCUCUCUCCACUAGUUCUUACAUGUCUACUGUCUCCACUAGUUAUAACGUGUCUUCUGUCUCUACUAGUUCUAACGUGUCUUCUGUCUCCACUAGUUCUAACGUGUCUUCUGUCUCUACUAGUUCUAACGUGUCAAACGCAGGGUUGUGAAACAUGGUGUUAAAUCCGCAGCAAACAGAGUUAUCUUAUUAGAAGUACAGAUACUAUAAAUAUCGUCAGACAGUAACCCACAGACCCACAGAUAAUAUAAAUGUCGUUAGACAGUAACCCACAGAUACUAUAAAUGUCGUCAGACAGUAACCCACAGAUAAUAUAAAUGUCGUGAGACAGUAACCCACAGAUACUAUAAAUGUCGUCAGACAGUAACCCACAGAUGCUAUAAAUGUCGUCAGACAGUAACCCACAGAUACUAUAAAUGUCGUCAGACAGUAACCCACAGAUACUAUAGAUGUCGUCAGACAGUAAUCCACAGAUACUAUAAAUGUCGUCAGACAGUAACCCACAGAUACUAUAAAUGUCGUCAGACAGUAAUCCACAGAUACUAUAAAUGUCGUCAGACAGUAACCCACAGAUAGUAUAAAUGUCGUCAGACAGUAACCCACAGAUACUAUAAAUGUCGUCGGACAGUAACCCACAGAUACUAUAAAUGUCGUCAGACAGUAACCCACAGAUACUAUAAAUGUCGUCAGACAGUAACCCACAGAUACUAUAAAUGUCGUCAGUCAGUAACCCACAUAUACUAUAAAUGUCGUCAGACAGUAACCCACAUAUACUAUAAAUGUCGUCAGACAGUAACCCACAGAUACUAUAAAUGUCGUCAGACAGUAACCCACAGAUACGAUAAAUGUCGUUAGACAGUAACCCACAGAUACUAUAAAUGUCGUCAGACUGUAACCCACAGAUACUAUAAAUGUCGUCAGACUGUAACCCACAGAUACUAUAAAUGUCGUCGGACAGUUAUUCACAAAUACUAGAUACAGAGUGUAAUAGGAAGGAGUAAUGAAAAAUACCCUGUCCGCGCUUCGGGCUCGAACUAGCGGCCUUUUACUCUCAAGAGGAGGCACCCUACCACCGUCUGAUUAGCUUCCUUAAGUAUACGUCAUUUCCGGGUUAUUGUCAGAGGCUAUGGGUUAACAGCAAGGAUAUAGGUAUAGUUUUUAGCCCCUGAACACUGCUGAAUGAGUGAGGACAUUUGUUUAAUACAAUAUAGAUAAAGGUUCCCUACAAAGAGUAUAUCUUCUCAGUGUCAGUUUUAAUCAUAUUAAUCAUCAGAGUUCUUUGAUAUCCCAUGUAAUUUUAAUUUGAUUUAAUAAGAUACCUAUAUGUACAUACCUUAUAACUGUGAUCUAAGUGUGAUAUAUAUGUACAUGUAUAUGCUCUAACUGCCACUAACUGCCACUGAGUUGUGUGGACUGGUAACACUGUUUUAUAUACUAACCAGGGAUCUUUAUUGCAUAUUUGUAAAUCCCACGCCUUAUAUUCAAACUCGCUUCGCGGUCAAACACUUCCUAAUAUUCCAAGUAUAAAUACAUUUAUUACCGUGGAGACAAAAAGCCAAGCCAAAAAGGUUCGCUGUUUCAAUAACAUUUUUAAAUCCCAUUAAAGCCAACCCGAAACUUCAUUUGAACAUCUUGUGUGAUGGAAUUGUAAUUAUCGAUAUUUUCUCCUUUUUAUGGAAAAAUUUGAUUAUUGUAAUUGAUUGUUAUCUAAUUUUUCCAUUUCAAACAUAUAUCAAAUACCUUUCAAGAGGACUCCAUUUUCAUGUCAAUCAUAUAGUCCAGUUGCAUUAUUUCUCUGUAUUUCUAAACUCUUAACAUGUUGACAUUAAUUACUAUUUUUUUUGAACUUAUCAUUUUAAAAUGAUUGAGUGUAUAUAACGUUACUUGUUGAUGAUUUGUGUAUUGAACUUAACACAUGUGCUCUUGAGCUAUUAAUCAAUGUGCUUUCCGCUACUGUUUUCUGACAAUUUCGGCAUGCCUGCUUCGCUAUUUUUGGUUUUGAUCAUUCCUGUAACAAGGUUUUGUAUUUACAAUUAAAUUCUCACAUCUGCUGAAAGAUGUGCGAAUGAAAAUGCCAUGCGAAAAAAAACCACAAAAAACGCACAUU